CAGAGACAGAACCCAGAGCCAGAGACAGAACCCGGAGCCAGAGACAGAACCAGAACCCGGAACCAGAGACAGAACCCGGAGCCAGAGACAGAACCCGGAGCCAGAGACAGAACCCGGAACCAGAGACAGAACCCGGAACGUCCUGUGGGAGGAGAUGGAGCAGGUCUGUAAGGUCACGCUCCCUGAAGAUGUCCACCGCGUCCUCCUCAGCUGUAAGACCGAUGUGAACGACCUCUUCAUCAGGAAGUUCCGGUGCACGGCCGAGGUGAGCGGACACAGGCCGGCCGCCACUACCGCCCCUGUGCUGGUCUAUGAGAAGCGGCUGCGCACAGGACAACUGAUCAGCGUCUGGCGGGGUGAUCUCACCACACAGGACACCGACGUGGUGGUGAAUGCAGCUAACGACCAGUUAAAGCACAUCGGGGGGCUGGCGCGCGCCCUGGUGGAGGCCGGAGGACAGCAGAUUGUCCAGGAGAGUCAAAGGAUCAUCUCUCAGAGGGGGGUUUUGGAGGCAGGAGACAUUGAGGUGACCAGUGCGGGAACGCUGCCCAGUAAACGCAUUGUCCAUGCGGUGGGGCCCCAGUGGUCUGAGGGUACAGCGGAGAAAUGCAAGGGCCAGCUGCGGCAAGCCAUCAGGAAGGCUCUGGAGUAUGUGAGCAGCCAGAGGGACCUGAGCUCGGUGGCCAUCCCGGCCGUCAGCUCCGGCAUAUUCGGCUUCCCCCUUGACCUCUGCGCCACUAUCAUAGUGGAAGUGGUUGUCGAACAUUGUCAGACUCAGCACGCGAGUCGCCUGAAGGAGAUCCGCCUCGUGAACCAUGAUGACAAAACCGUGCAAGCAAUGAAGAGCGCGUGCGAGCAGGGGCUGGGGCAGAGCGACGCGCUGAGUGGCGCAGCCUCCUCCUCAGCACAGGCCUGGCAUCAGGGGGCAUCGUCACAAAUGACCACCUCCCUCACUGUCGGUGGCCUGAACCUUCACCUGAAGACGGGAAAGAUUGAAGAGGAGAAGACGACGGUCAUCGUAAACUCCAUCUCCUCGGAUCUGGACCUCACUCAUGGAGCCAUAUCAUCAGCCAUUAACAGCAAAGCCGGCCCGAAGCUUCAGGAGGAAGUCCGGAGGAAGGGCUACCCAUUCAGCAACAUGAUCUCUACCAGGGGCCACAACCUGCCCUGCCACUAUGUGUACCAUGUGAUAUUAGCAACUGGUGAAAGGAACGUGGAGAAGACUCUACAAGAAGUCACCAAGAAGUGUCUAAUGACCGCACAUAGUCAUAAGUCUUCCUCCAUCUCGUUCCCAGCAUUGGGGACUGGUAACAUCGGUCUGCAGAAACAUAAGGUGGCGGACAUCAUGACACAGGCGGUUCUUGAUUUUGCCAGAUUGCACAAGUCCUUGAUGGAGGUGAAUUUCGUCAUCCACCCCAUGGACGUGGGAACAUUCGAGGUUUUUCUGGACAAGUUUAAAGCAUCUAGGAUCACUAAUGUCAAGAAUAUGGAGUUUACCAAGAACCCCAAAGGGCCUGAGCCGUCUGAUGAGGGGAUGUGUGUGACCAUUACUGGGGAGUGCGGUGAGGAUGUGGCAGAGGCAGCGGCCUGGCUCCAGGGGGUCCUAUCCCCCUCCCCCACGCCGCUGCUCUUACACACCAACCUCCUUCUGCUCUUUGGAAGUGAAGAAAUUGACGCUUUAGCAUCUUGUCCCGCGAGUGUUGAGAUGGAAGAAGAUCUGAGAGACGGUCGAGGCACCCUGAAGAUCAGCGGUCCUCUGCCAGACAGGAUAGUGGCGGCCGUACAGGUAGAGCGCCUCCUCCUGGAUGUCCAGAAUGAACUGGCGCAGUCCCUGGAGGCGGAGCUGCUGGAGGCCGUCGUCAUCUGGUUCUAUGAGAGUCCGUCAGAGAGUCACCGAUACCCAGCGAAAGCCAACAGGGAGCUGGAGAAAGCGUUCGCCUCCCGGAGGAACUUCGUCCUGAGUGCGCCGCCCGGUCAUGUGAUCAACUUCGACAAUGACACUGCGAUGGAAAGAGAGCGGAAAUACACCCUCCGGAGACGAUGUCUACGUGAUUCCUUCCAGAACAUCCAGACAAGUCCGCUGCCGUGGCUGGAGGUGGAGCGGAGCAGUCCGGAGUUCAGGGAGCAGAGCACAGAGUUCAGGAAAGCAGGGCUGAUCCUGGAGAAGAUGGAGAAGGUGCAGAACGAGCUGCUGUCCAGGGUCUUCCAGUCCAAGAAGGAUGCGGCGAGGGCGCGGAGGAGCGAGACCCUCUACCAGCUGGUCCCCCGACAAUUCUGCAGGGACAUCUGUGAUGUCGGCUUCCACAGAGUGUACGGCGCGCCCAGAGACACUAGGUACGGAUCGGGGGUUUACUUCAAGAAGUCUCUGCCCAACAUCACCCAGCGCUUCCAGUGCCCAGAGAAGGACGGGCUUCUCUGUGUCCUCCAGGCGGAGGUGCUCACUGGCGACUUCACCAAAUAUGCCAGGAAUCAGCCUUCUCUCCCCUGCGUUGGGUCCGAUGCUCUGCAGGUGUACGAGGGUCUGGUAGACGGGGGGAUGCCUGCAGAGCAUUACGUCAUAUUUGACCGUUUCCAAGCCAAUCCCCAGUAUGUGUUCACCUGCAGACGUAAGGAGUGACGCCCUGCCGCGAUCGCUGCUCAGUAGCACCCAUGUGAUUUCUUGGACCUUACUUUUCAAUAUUGCCGAGUACAUUUUACAGUUGUUUUGUGUAAAUUGCAGUCCGACCGCAGCGUGUGAACACAGCUCAAUAUCGUGUGCCUUAUAGACGGCUGUGGAUCCGCGCGGUGGGAGGAGCUUGUUUACUGAUUCACUGCAGAUUAAAUCUAUAAUAUUCUU